AUGUCCGACGCCCCCGCUACCCGCGACACCGGCUCUGCCCCUCAGUCCCGCUCUCCAUCCCCUGCCGGUAACGACUCCUUGACUCUCCGUGCCCUCGUGAGCACCAAGGAUGCCGGGGUCAUCAUCGGGAAGGCCGGCAAGAAUGUCGCUGAACUUCGGGAACAGACCGGCGUCAAGGCUGGCGUCAGCAAAGUCAUCCCCGGUGUUCACGAGCGGGUCCUGACGGUGACUGGUUCCGUGGAAGGUGUGGCGAAGGCGUACUCCCUCAUUGUUUCCCAACUCGUCUCCGCCAGCCCCUCCUCUCCUGUCACCUCAAACUCCUCUUCGCCGACUACCGCAAUCCGUCUCCUCAUCUCUCACAACCUGAUGGGGAGCAUCAUUGGUCGGAGCGGUUUGAAGAUCAAGUCCAUCCAGGACUCCUCGGGAGCGCGGAUGGUCGCCUCCAAGGAUAUGCUCCCCCAGUCAACAGAGCGUAUCGUGGAGGUGCAAGGGUCUUCCGAGUCGAUAGGCCGCGCCAUCGAGGAGAUUGGCCGCUGUCUUCUCGAAGACUGGGAGCGUGGGGUCGGCACCGUGCUCUUCCACCCUGGCUCCGGUGAGGACCGGACAGGCCGCCGUCCAGGUCCUACCACGGGCAGGAAGAGCAACGGCGAUGCCCGCCCACGAACAUCGCCGUCGCCGACCUCCCCCUCAUCUCCGCAGCCGACAAACCUGCGGACGCAGAACAUCUCGAUCCCCUCGGACAUGGUCGGGUGCAUCAUCGGACGGAACGGGACUAAAAUUACUGAAAUUCGACGACUCUCGGGUUCGAAGAUCUCCAUCGCAAAGGAGCCCCACGACGAAACUGGCGAGCGCAUGUUCACUAUCAUCGGGACUCCGGAGGCAAACGAGAAGGCACUCUUCUUAUUGUACAACCAGCUGGAGAGCGAGAAGGAGAGGCGGGUAGGCCGCGACGCGCAGCAACAGGAGGAGAUGCAGGAUUAG